UGAACGCUGGCGAUCCUUACUUCUUCUAUACAUGGAACGUGACUUACGGAACAGCCUCACCUCUCGGUGUUCCUCAAAAGGUGAUCCUCAUUAACGGUCAGUUUCCUGGUCCCAACCUAAACUCAACCUCUAACAACAACGUCGUCAUCAAUGUCUUCAACCACCUUGACGAGCCUUUCCUCUUGACCUGGAGUGGGAUCCAGCACAGGAAGAAUUCCUGGCAAGAUGGUGUGGCUGGGACUUCAUGCCCAAUCCCAGCAGGACAGAACUUUACUUACCAUUUCCAACCAAAGGACCAGAUUGGUUCCUACUUCUAUUACCCGACCACUUCUCUCCACCGUUUUGCUGGUGGUUUUGGUGGUCUCCGUGUCAACAGUCGUCUCCUUAUUCCUGUUCCUUACGCUGACCCUGAGGAUGAUUACACUGUUCUUAUCGGUGACUGGUACACAAGUGGCCACACCGCUCUCAAGAACUUCCUUGACAGUGGACGCACCCUUGGAUUGCCUAAUGGUGUUUUGAUCAAUGGAAA